ACGCACGCAGAGAACCGUCGAACGUCACGUGCGCAUGGCGCGAUGACAUCAUUACCCGCGGCCGGAAAGAAGAUACGCACGGCGAUUCUCUGUGCACACUUCUCCGGAGUCGGCCAGGCAAGUUGCCAGAAAUGCCUGCUGCCUGUGAGUCUUUGCUGGAUGACAUUGAAGACAUUGUCUCAGCUACAGACCCAAAGCCUCAUGAUCGCCAAAAUGCAAGACAAAACAUAGUACCCAGAGCACGGAAAAGAAAUAAAAACAAAAUUCAAGAGGAAGAACCCCCUGCUGAUAGCACAAUACCUGGCACUCAGAAGAUCUGGAUCCGUACAUGGGGCUGCUCACAUAACAACUCCGAUGGUGAAUAUAUGGCGGGACAACUGGCUGCAUAUGGCUACAGCAUAACUGAGCAGCCUGAGCAAGCAGAUUUGUGGCUACUGAACAGUUGCACUGUGAAGAGUCCAGCUGAGGACCACUUCAGGAACUCCAUUAAGAAAGCUCAAGAAGCAAACAAAAAAGUUGUACUGUCUGGAUGUGUACCUCAAGCGCAACCACGUCAAGAGUACAUGAAAGGACUGAGUAUCAUAGGGGUGCAGCAAAUAGAUCGUGUGGUUGAAGUUGUAGAAGAAACAAUUAAAGGUCACUCUGUGAGACUGCUGGGUCAGAAAAAGGAUAAUGGAAAACGGUUGGGGGGAGCUCGAUUGGAUUUGCCAAAGAUUAGGAAGAACCCACUGAUAGAAAUCAUUUCCAUCAAUACAGGGUGUUUGAAUGCUUGCACAUACUGUAAAACAAAGCACGCAAGAGGAGAACUUGCUAGUUACCCAGUGGAAGAAUUGGUUGACAGAGCUGCACAGUCUUUCCAAGAGGGUGUCUGUGAGAUCUGGCUGACCAGCGAAGACACUGGAGCUUAUGGCAGAGACAUUGGGACAGAUCUCCCAACGCUCUUAUGGAAGCUGGUUGAAGUUAUCCCUGAGGGCGCUAUGCUGCGGCUAGGCAUGACCAACCCCCCUUAUAUAUUAGAGCACCUGGAGGAGAUGGCAAAGAUCCUGAAUCAUCCAAGAGUGUAUGCGUUCCUGCACAUCCCUGUACAAUCUGCCUCAGACAGUGUGCUCAUGGACAUGAAGAGAGAAUACUGUAUUGCAGACUUCAAAAGAGUGGUGGAUUUUCUUAAAGAGAGAGUGCCCGGAAUAACAAUCGCUACGGACAUCAUUUGUGGCUUUCCAGGAGAGACAGAUGAGGAUUUUAAGGAGACAUUAAAAUUGGUUGAGGAGUACAAAUUCCCCAGUCUCUUCAUUAAUCAGUUUUACCCACGCCCUGGGACCCCAGCUGCUAAAAUGGAGCAAGUUCCAGCUCAUGUGAAAAAGCAAAGGACCAAGGAGCUGUCCCAACUCUUCCAUUCAUACAGUCCCUAUGAUCACAAGAUUGGGGAGGAGCAACACGUUUUGGUAACAGAAGAGUCCUUUGAUUCCCAGUAUUAUGUGUCUCAUAAUCGUUUCUACGAACAGGUUCUUGUCCCUAAGGAUCCUGCAUUUGUGGGAAAAAUGGUUGAAGUGAAAAUUUUUGAAGCAGGGAAACAUUUUAUGAAGGGGCAACCAGUUCAAGAUUCUUACAUUUAUACUCCAUCCAUUACUAAGCCUCUAGCAAAAGGAGAAGUUUCCGGAUUAACGGAGGAGUCAAAGCCACCAAACAACCCCGAAUCCCUUCUGCAGACGUCCCGGGAAGGACUACAAACCUUCUUUUUUGUCACUGCUCUGCUGGCUGCUGUCAUUGCUUUUGUUGGAAUAAAAUUGCUUUAAAAACAAUUGUUUAGGGAAGCUGGAAAAAUUCUAGCAUUUUAGCCCACUUUUUAGUCAUUUCAAUUUGAUUAGUGUGAAACUUCUGCCCAUUAUUACUUACCACCAUUUAAUUGGCUUUUAAGUCUCUUGGGAAUAUACCCAGAUGUUAAAGAUGUGUUUUUUUUUAAUCCUUCAGUUGAUAGUCCCUCUGUAAGAGUAAGUAACCUGCAAUGCUGCUGCGUUGCUCGAUUCUCCACUUCUUUUUCAUAUUGUGAUCUUCAGCCUUAGUUCUGUACAUGUGAUACUUGUAAAUACAAGCGUCAGUGCCAGAUGCUGUGACCUGGCUUCAUCCUGAUGAAGGAAACACAGGGGGAAAGGUCACGUUUAUUAAUAGCAUGCCGCCAAAUAAAAUGUAAAAAGUAUUUUUUUUUCCUUUUGUUACUAUCCAUGUGAGCAGUCAUACUGAUAAAUUCUUUCCAGCCAAGUGAGAAAAGAAGGGAUAUGUUUCCAAUCAAAAAGCAGAAAAGUCAAAUACUGAUUAAUUUCUUCUCAUCUAAAUGUGGCAUCUCCAGUUUGUGCAUGAGUCGCUCCUCACUGUGUCUGACUGCUCCAUAUACAGGUCAAUUUGAUUGGAUAAUUGUGCACCAUUUCACUUUAGGUAAGCAGUGAUGUGCACUCUUGUUUCCUGUAGAUAAUUAAAGUCUGCCGACCGCAACCGGUGAUGUGCGUGUGUGUGUUUUGAAAAUGCAUUAAGUUAUUCUGAAACAUUGUUCACAUUUUUUUUUUGCCUUACUGGGAUAUUUGCUUUUAUUGAGAUGAGAACAAGAUGCAUUAUUAAACAUUAUUUACACUGAGA